UAAUUAUCUCUUCGCGAGACGGUGUGCGUGGGCAGAUUGGGAAAUUGCUCUUUGCCAUACGAGAAGUGCAGGCGACCAAGGGAUUAUCUCGAUCCAGCAUCUCUACGGGACGGGCCGGUGAUCGAGUUGCAACCCUAAGUUUUUUGUGGUUCGUUCGAGAGGACGAUCGGUCUGCAGGAUCGAAGGAGAAAGAGGGACGAUGGGAGACUACCAGCGGCUCAACGUGCACCGGGAGCGCGGCUGCUGUCCUCCCAUGGAUCUGAUGCGGUCGGAGGAGAUGCAGCUUGCGCGGAUAAUCAUACCUGUGGAAUCUGGCCACCAUACUCUCGCCUAUCUGGGCGACCUCGGUCUCGUUCAAUUCAAAGACCUUAAUGCAGAUAAAAGUCCUUUCCAGCGAACAUAUGCAAACCAGGUAUUUUCUUCUCUUCCUUUUUUUGAUAUCUUGCCUUCACUAUUAAUUGUUUUAGAAGAUUGGGGUAUGCCUUUUCCAGUUAAAUACGGGCAUUACUUAAUUGAAAUAUAAGAAAAUAAAUUGCAU